CUACCAUUGAUUUUCCUCCCUCGUGUUCCUCUUUUACCCCGCAUCCUCUUCUUUCCUCCCGCAGCCUGUCGGAGGCUUUUUUAUUCUUUCCGCCGCCCUCCACAUUUUCCUCUUCCCCUCCUCCUCCUCCCCCCCUCCCCCUCUUCCCCAUGACACAACAAAAGAAGACUAUCGCUGUGGUAAACGCGACGGGUCGCCAGGCUGCGUCUUUAAUACGCGUUGCCUCGGCCGUCGGACACCAUGUGCGCGCUCAGAUCCAUUCUCUCAAGGGCUUCGUCGCAGAGGAGCUGCAGGAGCUUCCGAAUGUCACUCUAUUCCAAGGCCCGCUGCUGGGCAACACUCCCCUAAUGGACGCACUAUUCGAGGGCGCCAACAUUGCAUUUAUCAACACUACCUCACAAUCAGGCGAUGAAGUCGCAAUCGGCCGCGACCUCGCCGACGCCGCCAAACGAGCCGGAACCAUCCAACACUACGUCUACAGCAGUAUGCCAGAUCACUCGGUACAUGGGCCCUGGCCUCCGGUACCGCUCUGGGCCCCCAAAUUCACCGUCGAGAACUACAUCCGUCAAUUGGGCCUCCCUUCAACCUUUGUCUACGCCGGUAUUUACAAUAACAAUUUCACGAGUCUACCCUAUCCCCUCUUCCAAAUGGAGCUCAUGCCGGAUGGAAGUUUCGAGUGGCAUGCGCCCUUUGACCCAGACAUUCCGCUGCCCUGGCUGGACUCGGAACAUGAUGUGGGACCCGCGUUGCUGCAGAUUUUCAAGGAUGGGCCGAAGAAGUGGAACGGACAUCGGUAGGUUUGACUUGCUGUUUGUUUGUGAUGGGGAGACGGUACUAACGACCCACAGUAUCGCGCUCACAUUCGAGACUCUUUCUCCCAAUCAAGUUUGCGCUGCCUUCGAGCGCGCGCUCGGCCGCCCCUGUCGCUACCUGCGCGUCCCCAAGGUCGAAGUGAAAGUCAACAUUCC